AUGCUGAACACGAACAUUUCAUUGAUAUCCAACUACAUCAAGCCUCAUCGUGCAGAAGCUAUCGCUCGGAUACGAACCAACACUUUCAUCCUUGUCCUUCUGGCAGUCGCUACGCAUCUGCUUCCCGUGCCAUCGCUUUUUCGCGCUUUUCGUGCAGUAUCCUCAAGCUCGGAUGGGUAUGAUGGGAUAUAUGGCUACCUAUGUCUUCUAGAGGUGGCGUUGAGCAGUGUGCUCGUGUAUAACAUAUUACAAUCCGUCUAUGCCAUAAAAUACCCUCGCCCGAUACCAUCGCCACCUGCUUCGUCGGCAAAGGCAAAGCGAAAAACCAUUCAAGCGUCGCCGACCCCUGCUCGGAGGCUCUCCGAGCUUGUAACACCCAAAAAAACCUCUGACCCAUCAUUCGUACCCUCUUCAUCUGUCCCUCAUCCUACUGCGUCUCCGUUGAGAUACACUCUCCCCGGGUCGUCGACCAGUACUUUUGCGUCGACUGGUUCUUUACCACCAACCCCAAGCCCAGUGGUCUCAGCUUAUCGGGGGAAACAGUUGACGUCGAGUAUGGGCCGUCCAGUAGAUGGCGCUUUCAUCAGCCGUUUAAAGUCAGAAAAUGAAGAUGAUAUGUGA